AUGUUCCUAAGAGCUGUUGUGAUACCGGAAGAUGGUAGUCAUGCUAAAAAUCAAGCAACAAUUUCGGCUCGUCGUGCUCAACAGUUAGAUUUUCAUUUGUAUGCCGAAAAGAACGCUCUAGUUGAGCGAAAAAAACGAAGAGUAAUGACUACUGAUGUUAGCAGUUCUCCGUUAUCCAUGAUCAAAAGCCGAGUAAAAAAGUCAAAAACUAGCUAUUCAGAAACAGCUGGAUCUAAUCGUUGUCUAAGUAAUCCAAGUCGAGCUCGUCUUGGUCUAUCACAUUUGUCAAUACCGUUGGCUUGGAACAGUGAUGAACAUUUCAACGCCAGAGGAGAUGGACGAAUGUAUUCAAUGUUUGUUGUACUGCAAACAAAAACAGAGAUUAUUGACAGUCGAAUAUUGACGGCUAUAGAUCGUACUUGUACAGAUGUUAAUUUUCCAGAUUCUUUCAUUUUUGAAAAUCAGCCAGUAGAUUUUGAAAUCGAAUUGUCCUUAUAUUCAGCAAAAACUAGUGGUGGAGAUGGGAGUCAGUCGCUGAAGCAGAAACUAGCUCGUUCACUUAGUCGAAAACUUGGCGCAUCAUAUAAAUCAAACUUAAACAACGAAGAACUUUGUUUCGAAUCACCAUUGGUUUGCGCAGAUACCGUUGGAGGUUCCAGUUUUCGCCUGUUAGGGAGAACGUAUCUGCGGAUAAAUGAUGCACAACCAAAAACAGGCAUAUACGAUCUGCAAGUUUCUCCAAAUGCUGAAAGUUUUGGCCCUCCAUUAUACGGGCAUAUAUGCUGCAGAUUUGUCGCUCAACCAAACUCUAAUGUAAUGCCGAUAUCUGAUGGCAUCUUAACUAUUCGGCCCGUUAAUGACAAUCGAAUCUAUCGCAAUGUACGGUGUAAGCUGCAGGCCGGUGUACUACGAUGUUCAAUUGUAAGCGGUAAUUCUGAACAAGUUUUGUUACGCAUUUCGUUGUCGAAGGAUUCGAAAAUACAGCUAAUGAACAAACAGAAAAGCUUAAUACUUCAACCCGACAGUAAUCAGAAUGAUCAAGAUUAUUUGAUUACAGCAGAAAGUGAAGAAUCUAUUGCUUUAUGGGAGCAUGCUUUUGAGCUUCAAAUUGCUGACUGUAAAUUUUGGCGUGAAUUUGCUGUAAUGUCAGUAAAAUUGACCAGUGAAGCCAGAAAGCUUGAUUUACCGACUGCAGGAAGAACUAGUGGCAGAAGACUGUAUGAUGAAAUUCAAAUUAGUGAUUUAAUUAACGGAGGCGAUUUAUAUAUUGAAGGUGCCUUACCAAAUCAUACAGUUGGAGCGCUUACGGGCACAUAUAACUGCAGUCCACAUCGUAAUUUGCCAGAACCUUCAACAAUCGUUUCAUUUUCUACGCCAUCUAAGAUAAAUCAAACUGCACCAUCCGGUCGGAGAAGGAACCGAACACCCCUGCAGAAUCUUUUCAAGGAUAUGAUUCCAGUGACUGAACCACAUUACGUAACAAACUCGCUGGUCAGAGAUUCUCAAGAGUCGCCGACAAAAAGUGAAAGUUUUAAAGAAAAUGACUCGAAAAGUUGCCAAGAACCACAAUCGGAGAAACCCCGCAGACGUGGUUUUCAGCAUAGUGAUUCAACAAUUUCGCAGGAAAGUGGACGUUUUAAAGGCUUGAAAAAAAGUUGGCAAAGGUCAUUUGGAGCUUUACUGAACAGAAAACAAUGCGAAAUAUCGCAUUUUUAG